AUGUCUGAUAGUAGGCAGGAGUGGUGUGAAGACAUGGUGCAUCAGCGAAUGCCAUUCUUCCAUCUCUCCACAUCACAGCACGUCACCGCACAUCACUCCACAUCACCGCACAUCACUCCACAUCACCGCACAUCACUCCACAUCACCGCACAUCACUCCACAUCACCGCACAUCACUCCACAUCACCGCACAUCACUCCACAUCGCCGCACAUCACUCCACAUCGCCGCACAUCACUCCACAUCGCCGCACAUUACUCCACAUCACCGCACAUCACUCCACAUCGCCGCACAUCACUCCACAUCGCCGCACAUCACUCCAUAUCGCCGCACAUCACUCCACAUCGCCGCACAUCACUCCACAUGAGCUGCAGAUCACUUACCAUUAUUGCAUUCAGCCUGGGAGAGAGCAGAGCGGAGGGAGUGUGGUUGCCCCACUUCAGUCUCCUUCAUUCCACCCAUAUCACCGCUCACCAUCCCUCACCACCGCGCAUCACCGCAUCCAAGCAGCCCUGAAGUACGUGGAGGCGUUGGAGAGAGCAGAGCUGGCAUGCCGGGUUAUUGAUGCCUUCUCCCGCACGGGCCUCGAGCACUACCAGAAGAGAAGAGAGGUGGUGGCGGGGUGA